AUGUGGAUUGUGAGGAACCUGCAGCAGAUGUUUCAUCACUUUGAUAUUUCUGUUGGGCUGCAGCAGGAGAAGCAGCAGGAGCAGGAGCAACUGCAGAACCAGGAGCAGGAGCAGAACCAGGAGCAGGAGCAAUUGCAGAACCAGGAGGAGGAGCAGGAGCAGGUGCAGAACCAGGAGCAGGUGCAGAACCUGGAGCAGCAGGAGCAGCAGGAGGAGCAGGAGCAGGUGCAGAACCAGGAGCAGGUGCAGAACCAGGAGCAGGAGGAGCAGGAGCAGGUGCAGAACCAGGAGCAGGUGCAGAACCUGGAGCAGCAGGAGGAGCAGGAGGAGCAGGAGCAGGUGCAGAACCUGGAGCAGCAGGAGGAGCAGGAGGAGCAGGAGCAGGUGCAGAACCAGGAGCAGGAGCAGAAGAAGCAGCAGAACCAGGAGCAGGAGCAGCAGCAGGAGGAGCAGGAGCAGGUGCAGAACCUGGAGCAGCAGGAGCAGCAGGAGCAGGUGCAGAACCUGGAGCAGGUGCAGAACCUGGAGCAGCAGGAGGAGCAGGAGGAGCAGGAGCAGGAGCAGGUGCAGAACCUGGAGCAGCAGGAGCAGCAGCAGGUGCAGAACCUGGAGCAGCAGGAGCAGCAGGAGCAGGUGCAGAACCUGGAGCAGGAGCAGCAGGAGGAGCAGGUGCAGAACCAGGAGCAGGAGCAGCAGCAGGAG